UCUCUCAAUGGAGAGCAAGUAUUGGACUGUGGAGCUACUGUCAACUUGCCUCUAGUAGACCAGCUAAUGGCCACCACUCUCACUCAUUCAAAGCUAAAGUAGACAGUAGGUCAGGCCAUACUACAUCGGAAGAGAAGACAUCUAAACUGCCAGCAGCUCUGUCUUUCACUGUUUCCCUUCUUUUAUCUUUAUUAAGAUGUAUGGAGUUCAUUUUUUCCCCUUCCACGGGUGUUACUGUUAUGACCCACUGCCUCCAGUCAUUAGCCUUGUUUAUAUCUACUAUUGGCAGUAGCUUUGACCUGAUCUACUAUUUGGUUUUACUUCUCCUCCUCUUAUCAGGAGAUGUUGAACUCAAUCCUGGUCCUAUGAUAGAUGAUCAACCAUCUUGUCUCUUACUUGCGAAGUGUCUUAAGCCACUUGCUGACUGGAAACCAUUUGCUCUUUGCCUUCCUGGGAUAACACAGUCUGAUGUCAGUAUAAUCAAUAAAACAAAAAGAAAUGCUCAUCUUAAAAAAAUGGCUUUACACAAGAAAUGGCUACAAGUUAAUCCUACAGCAUCAUGGAGAGAUGUCAUUAAUGCUUUGAAACAAUGUAAAGAGAAUGAACUAGCUAGAACUAUUGAACAUGAAAUGGAAUGGUCUACUGGAGGAGCUAAUAAUGAUGGCAAUACAUCAACGAAUCCUACUGGAAAAAAUUCUGAUGAUAAUAUGGAAGCCAUGACUAGAUCUAAUCCUGGUCAAAUAACAGGUAAUCCAAUGGAUAUAUUAAGGACUCAUUCUCACCUACUCACUGAUGGAAUUUCAUGCGAUCUUUACAGAAUAACAAGUGAACUACUUGCUAAAGGAUUGAUACCACAACAAACUUUUGAUGAUGUACUUGUAAUGGGAAUUAUGACUGAUUAUACUAAAGCAAUGAAACUGAUGAGCGUAUUGCAACGGCAGUUAGAAUCAUCCCUUACUCCAGAGCAAUAUCUCAUUAAUACAUGUCAUGUAUUAAUGAACCAACAACAUCAUACACUAACAGAUAUUGCUACCUCUAUAUUACACCAGUUAGGUCAGUCUAUACCUGAUAAUGUCAGUUCACAUACUGUACUACCAUCACAAGUUGAUGAUACAUCCAAUACAUCAGUUACUAAUAUAAGAGGUCAGUCUGAUGUAACUAAACCCAUUCAUUCAAUACCUGAUGAUGUUCAAGGAUAUGCUGACAAUAUGAGACAACUCUACAAUCUACAUACGCUUGCUUUACCACUGGCCACAGCUGAGAGUGCUGUUGAACUGUUUACUAUUCUACAAACCAAUAAUACACUUAAAGCUCUGAGUAUAGAUAUAAAGGAAAUAUCGUGGGAAUGGGAGGAGGAAGAAGGGGAGGAAGAGCUAGAGGUGGAAGAAGGGGAAGAAGAGGGGGAGGAGGGGGAGGAAGAGAAUGUUGAAGAGAGGGACUCAAAGGAGUAUGUGGGAGAGGAGGAGGAGGAGGAAGAGAUGGAAGAUUGGGAGGGGGAGGUAGAAGAGGUGGACGAAGAGGGGGAAGAGGAGGUGGAAGAGGAAAAGGAGGCAUUUCAGGAAGAGGAAGAGGAACUAGAGCUGGAGGAGGAAGACAAGGUAUAUACCAGAAGUAUGGGUACUAGCCUACAAAACAUGCUAACACAAAACUAUGCACUCAAACACCUUGAGAUUAAUGAUGACAUAUCUAGUGACAUUCCCAGUUCAUUCUUGUCAUUUCUUACAACUGGUCUCAGACAUAACAACAGUCUACAGCAGUUGAGUAUACCCAUUCCUGCACUUAAAGAGAUACAAACUUUUAUUGAUGUCAUCUCCCAAAAGAACAAUCUCACAGAAUUGAAAAUGAACCUCAAAUUAGAUCAGUCAUGUGGUAAUUGUAGUGAUGAAAAAGAGGAGGAAGCUACAGCAAUAACACCGUUUUUUUAUGAACUGUUACUUCCUGCUGUUAGUACCAUGUUAACAUCUCAUGCAACCAUUAAACUACUUAGGAUAGAGUACGAUAAUAGCGAUGAUAACUUAUCUCAAUCUAACUGGAUAGACAAAUUUAGUAAUUAUGAUACAGCUAAUUAUGAUCAGGUUUGCUUCUGGAAAUUGUGA